AUGUCAACGAAGAUUACCGGGUCAACCUUCAAGGAGGUGUUGAAGUCAAAACUCAAGGGUCUUCGAGCGUCGUUAAACAACAUUAGUCAGUUCGUUAGGUAUUAUAAAGAGGGUACAACAGCUAGUCAGGUCAAUGUCCGCCUCGAACGUAUAGAUUUGUUGUGGGAGCAAAUUAGUGAGACUUCUUGGGAAAUCGAAUUGCAUGAGGACUACGAAGAGCAAGAAAGUGUCGAAAAGGAGCAACUGGAGUUCGAGAAUCGCUACUACGAUGCGAAAUCGUUCUUGAUGGAGAAGGCCAAGAAGUUCCAGGAAGAAUCAGCACUAUACCAGCCAACACGGAGUGCGGACGCCGCCAGUACAUAUGGUACAAUGGACCGUGUACGCCUGCCGCAAAUCAAGCUGCAGACUUUCGACGGAGACAUCGAUGACUGGCUGAGUUUCAGGGAUCUCUACACGUCCUUGAUCCAUGAGAAGGAAAAACUUCCGGAUGUGGAGAAAUUUCACUAUUUGAAAGGUUGCUUAGCAGGCGAAGCUAAGGCGCUAGUCGAUCCGCUAAAGAUAACUAGCAUAUUGGAUCAAGUCAUCGAACCAGCCGAAUAUAAGGAUUUGUUGCUGGUAGAACUGCUGAGUUCUCGUCCAGUCACUCGACGUGGCUGGGAGGAACACACGUCCACUAAGGAGCAAGACACUCUACAGGACUUGCAGGAGUUCCUACAACGGAGAAUUCAAAUCCUCGAGUCUCUGCCAGCGAAGGCGGAACUCAAAAACGAGCCGCAACAACCCAAACGGAAGUCGUUUUCACCGAAGUUCUCGUGUUGCAACUGCAAGGCUCGACACCACACACUGCUGUGCUUCAAGGGCGAAGGAAGAAGCAGUAGGAAUGGAUCACCCGAGAAGGCCAAUUCGGGUAAUAGUGGCAACCGGAACGACUCGAGUUCUGAUCUCAAGGCAGUGAAUGCAGCAUCGGUCGAGACAGCAUCGUCAAACACGGCGCAGCUUCCGACAUCGCAGGUACUUCUGGCUACAGCAGUUGUUGUGAUAGAGGACAGCCAGGGUUCUCGUUAUCCGGCACGUGCGCUAUUAAAUUCCGGGUCGGAAUGCAACUUCAUUUCUAAAAGUCUGAGUCAGUUGAUGAAGGUUCCUAGCCAGAAGGUCGAUAUUUCAAUAUUGGGCAUCGGACAAUCCGGAACGAGGGUCAAGCGAAAGAUUCAAGCCGUCGUCAAGUCUCGAGUCUCGUCGUACUCUAGACCGAUGGAUUUUCUCGUCUUGCCGAAGGUCACAGCUUGUCUGCCUACUUCUGCCGUUCAGGAAAAUGGAUGGGACACACCGGCAGACGACGAACUGGCAGAUCCAGAAUUCUUCCGCUCAAGAAAGGUCGACUUGGUCAUGGGCAUCCAAGCUUUCUUCAGCUUCUUCCCAUCCGGAAGGGAGGUUCCACUGGGAACCGGUCUGCUAGUACUCACCAAAUCAGUUUUCGGAUGGAUAGUGACAGGUGAGGUCGCUACAUCAAAUCAUGGUGCGAGAUAUUCAUGCAACAUGUCGGUAUCGAGCAAUCUGGAGGAGCUAAUGGCACGGUUUUGGUCCUGCGAGGAAGUGGGAGCCGUCAGCAAGUUAUCUCCGGACGAGACGCGCUGCGAAGAGCAAUUCGAGCGCACAGUCGAACGGAAUUCGGAUGGCCGAUACAGCGUUACUCUCCCUAAGAACGACAAUGUUUUAGCGGAACUAGGCGAAUCGAGAGACAUCGCGCUACGACGUCUUCGAGCUGUGGAACAGCAACUGAAAAAGGAUCCAAACCUUCAGAAGCAAUACUUAAACUUCAUGACCGAAUAUUUCAAGCUCGGUCACAUUAGAAGAGUGGACAAUAAUGAGGAGGGGACAGUCAAACGAUGUUUCCUGCCACAUCAUCCUGUAAUCAAGAAGUCAAGCACCACGACCAAGGUAAGGGUGGUCGUCGAUGCUUUGUGUAAGACGUCUUCUGGGAUUUCGCUGAACGAUGCCCUCUAUGCUGGACCUGUGGUACAACAGGACUUACGGUCAAUUGUUCUCCGCAGUCGUACACGUCAGGUGAUGGUUGUAGCCGACGUUGAGAAGAUGUUCCGACAGAUUUGGACGAACUUGAUCGACACUCCUUUUCAAUGCGUUCUUUGGUUGGGAACCGAUGGAAGCAUUGUAGCGUAUGAACUGCUGACGGUGAAAUAUGGCACCAAAUCAGCACCGUAUCUGGCGACUCGUACGUUGAAGCAGCUGGCAAGUGAUGAACGAGAGCAGUUUCCCUUGGCUGCACCAGCAGUAGAAGAGGACGUAUAUAUGGACGACGUUAUUUCUGGAGCAGACGACGUCGAAUCUCCGGUUGAAUUGAGGCGACAAAUCGACGCAAUUAUGAACAGUGGAGGAUUCAAGUUGCGAAAAUGGGCCUCAAACUGUCCCGCUGUUCUUGAAGACAUUCCGAAGGAGAAUUUGGCGCUACCGGAUUCUAAUGGGAUCGACUGGGACCAGGAUGCAGAGGUAAAAACAUUGGGUUUGACCUGGCUUCCCAACGUGGACUGUUUCAAGUUCUCAUUCACGAUACUACCACUAACGGAUGACCAGAUCCUAACGAAGCGACAAGUGCUCUGCUUCAUUGCGAGAUUGUUUGAUCCACUGGGACUACUCGGUGCGACGAUCACAGCAGCGAAAAUAUUCAUACAAAGGCACUGGUGUUUGAAGAGCGAACACGGGCAAUGUCUGCAAUCGUACUACCUGUAA